AUGGAUAUGCUGCCUCCCGAACAGCCGACCAUUCUGGACAAGUGGGGGCGGCAGCUGAACGGGACAGUAGGCCCCCACGAGGAAGGGGACGACAUCACUCUGACCUGCAGGACAGUGGGCGGCCACCCGCAGCCCCUGGUGCGGUGGCUGGUGAAUGGGCAGAUUGUCGAUGAUCAGUACGAGCAUAAUGCCGGCGACGUAAUAGAAAAUAGAUUAGUUUGGCCCUCGGUGGGCAGGAAGGACCUGGACGCGCUGUUUAUUUGCCAGGCAGUUAAUACUAAGCUCACCGAGCCGAAGGAGGCCAUGGUUGUCUUGGAUUUAAUAUUAAAGCCGUUGACUGCCAGGAUCCUGAAGACGGUAAGCCCCCUGGUCGCCGAUAAGCGAUACGAAGUGACCUGCGAAUCCGCAGGAUCCCGACCCGCCGCCAUCAUCACGUGGUACAAAGGCAAACGUCAGCUCAGGAGGACGAAGGAGGAAACUCGGGAGAACGUAACAAUAAGUGAGUUAAGUUUCGUUCCGACAACCGAAGACGAUGGAAAAUCCAUAACGUGCAGAGCAGAAAAUCCAAAUGUCACUGGGCUUUUCCUGGAGACGUCGUGGAAAAUCGACGUAGUUUACCCCCCGAUAGUGGUGCUAUGUCUGGGGAGCACGCUCAAUGCGGACGAUAUCAAGGAAGGCGACGACGUAUACUUUGAGUGCCACGUCAGGGCCAACCCACACUGGAGGAGGCUUACGUGGCUGCACGAUGGAUUUGUCCUGAACCACAAUAUGUCUGGUCGCAUCAUCCACAGCAACCAAAGUUUGGUGUUGCAGAAGGUUACUAGGCAGAGCGCGGGUCGCUACAGGUGUUCCGUCGUCAACUCCGAGGGGGAGACCGUCAGCGACGAGCUGGAUUUCAGGGUGCAAUACGCUCCAACGUGCAAGUACGAGAAAGUGAUGGUAGUAGGCGCUUCCCGCGGCGAGAGCGUGGACAUCGUCUGCGAGAUCGAGUCUGACCCGCCGGCCAUGAGCUACCGCUGGAAAUUCAACAACUCCGGAGAGACACUGGAUGUGGCCGCCGAGCGCUUCGCCAAGACGAGCAACGGCAGCGUCAGCGUGCUGCGUUACACCCCCGUGUCCGAACUCGAUUACGGUUCCCUGUCCUGCUGGGCCACCAACUCGGUGGGUCACCAGGUCAACCCCUGCGUGUUCCAGGUCGUCGCCGCAGGUAAGCCGUUCCCAGUAAAGAACUGCUCCCUGUCGAACCAGACGAGCAGCAGCGUGGAAGUAUUCUGCCUUCCCGGCUUCGAUGGGGGAUUACCGCAACAUUUCCUCCUGGAACUAUACUCCUCCAACUCCGGCGUUCCGAGGUUCAAUAUGACUUCCUACACAGAGCCGUACUUCUUCCUGGACAACCUGGAGCCCGAUGUGACUUUUAGGAUCGUCGUGUUCGCCGUAAAUUCCAAAGGGAGAAGCCAUGGCGUGGUGCUGGAGGAGGUCACGUUCAGGGACGCUGAGAAGAGGACUGCUCAAGACGGAGACCUCCCAUUCUCACCCGUGCUGGGGAUCCUAAUCGGCGCCGCAUUAACCAUAAUCAUCGUCAUAGUACUGGUGAUAAUCAGGGUGCGCAGAGCCCAAAGUCAGCCGGAAGCCAGCCUCGAGCAGAAGGUAUCAGGAGGACCGCACAACAACACGGUGUCCUCCACUAAGCCUCUCCUGAGAAGCGCCUCUCCCAGAGAGGCGGACGAAAGGGAUCCCGACGUCAUUCCGGCCAAAUACGGAUCUCCCGAGGGCGACAGUGAUAGACAUGUGGGGGCACUAAAUGGUCCCCAAACGCUUCCUGCUGGAAGCCUCGCCGCAUCGCCCAAUUAUGCUCAGUCGAUCGUUCCCGCGCCCCAGUGGGUUAGCCCUAUGAGCACGGCCCCCAUCGAACAGUAUCACCAGUACAACAAUCCAGUAGCCAUGGUUGGAGGCACAUUUCCAAGGGAAUCCAGGCCAAAGGACCUCCGCCUAGGAAAUGGAAACUCUGCCACUCUUCAAAGAGCGACAGACUUGGAGCUUAACGGACUGGCCAUUAAAGAGAGACUGAUGGCUAACCGGUUGCCCGAGAGUUGUGUCUAA